UCGUCGUUGCGGAGAGGGACCUCCCGGCGUGCAACGCGACUGCGUUUCCGGUUCCGCUCGUGGUUUCCCUGAGGCGCGCUGUGCCUAGCACUCUCAUUGUACGCUCCCGCCAUGGCGUACCGUGGCCAGGGCCAGAAGGUGCAGAAGGUGAUGGUGCAGCCCAUCAACCUCAUCUUCAGAUAUCUCCAAAAUCGGUCCCGAAUUCAAGUGUGGCUAUAUGAGCAAGUAAAUAUGCGAAUAGAGGGCUGCAUAAUUGGUUUUGAUGAGUAUAUGAAUCUUGUAUUGGAUGAUGCAGAGGAGAUUCACUCUAAAACAAAGUCAAGGAAACAACUUGGCCGGAUCAUGCUAAAAGGAGACAACAUUACUCUACUUCAAAGUGUCUCUAACUAGAAGUAUAUGGUCAGUGAAGUUGGAAGACACUCAGAAGGCAACAAUUUUUUCUUAGUUACACUUGUUGGGCUAAAAUAGUGGUUCACAUUUUUCCAAGCUAUUUUGAUCUUUUAUGGUAUUAUGACAAUAAAUGGGCUGCUGUGGGGUUUGUUACUAUUAAAAAAAAAAAUUGUGCAUUGA